AUGGCAAAAGAGCUAGAACUUGAAGAGCAGAUUGCAGCACAAGGAGAUUUAGUGCGCCAGCUCAAAGGAGAUGCUUCAGCGUCUGAGGAUGUAAAAAAGGAAGCCAUUGAUAAGCUCUUACGAUUGAAGUUGACCUACAAGGAGAUAACUGGGAAAGAUUAUGCGGCUCCCGGUGGUCGUAAACAAAAAGAGAAAAAGCCUGCUCCAGAAAAGAAGCAGGAGAAA